AUGGGUAAAACAGCUCUAAUCUUAAUUGACAUUCAAAAUGAUUAUUUUGGUGAUAAAAAUGGUAAAUUCCCAUUAGUUGGUAUUAAUGAAGCUACUUUAAAAGCUAAAACUUUACUUGAAGCUGCUAGAAAGAAUAAUGAUAUUGAAAUUAUUCAUAUUCAACACGUAUUUGAUUCAGAUCCAGCACCAUUUUUUGGAGAAAACACAAAAGGUGUUGAAAUCAAUUCAGAAGUUAAACCUACCAAUGAUGAACUUGUAAUUGUUAAACAUUCACCAAAUUCAUUUGUUGGUACUAAAUUAGAAGAAACUUUGAGAUCUAAGAAUGUUACUGAUUUAGUUAUAGUUGGUGCAAUGACUCAUAUAUGUAUUCAAGGUACUACUAGAUCUGCUGCUGAAUUGGGGUUUAAAGUCAUUGUUCCAAAAGAUGCUGUUGCUACAAGAGAUUUAGAAUUUGAUGGUGUUAUUGUUAAUGCUGCUCAAGUUUCUGCUUCUGUUUUUGCCACUUUAGAAUUUGGUUAUGCUACUGUCAGUUCAACUGAAGAAGUUUUGAAAACAUUUUGA